AUGCUAGGACUGCAUAUGACGCCUAUCCCUUUUCGAGCACAACAUAUGAUCCUCCAAACCCUGCAACGCCACCUCGAGCAUUCCGCCUUCCAAUUUGUUCAAAAUUGGCUUCUACCACAGUCUUUGGCUGUUGGUUGGACAUGCGCUGAGGCACUGGAGCUGCACAAGUUCUUCAAAUUCUUAGCUAGAAAUCGAUCGAAGAUCUCGUCCGAGCAGCAUAGUGAAAAUAUCACCACUGUUCAGAACUUACGCCAUUCCAUUGCCAGAAUCCGCCACGCCGCUGUUCAUCGCUUGGCCCAAGACAGCGACAGUCUGCUUGAGAUGAAUUGUGCUGCCAUCGAAUUCUGCCUUCGCAUCGGCGAUGAUUAUGGCGCCGAUAGUCUCUGUCGUCUCCUUAAAUUCCUACAGAAAACCCUCCCGAAGUCAAGCAUGGUGCAAAUGCAGCCACAGCAGACUGUUCCCUCUCAUCCUCGUUUACCCAAGUCCUCUCUCCGCACACGACUACAACAACGAUCGAUGACACCUCCGGAUGUGAUGACGAGACUCAUUGGAUGUAUCGAGGAGGAUUUGAUCUCAGAGGUGGUGCAUUUCUUGCGAAUUGAGCUUCCGUGA